CUGAAAGAGAGUCUUGCAUGUUGUCUCUUUGUACUAUAGAAACUGGGGGUGUGACUGAACAUCCGAACCACCUACACUCCUGAGAUGCCACCCAAUCGCUGUGUGUGUGCUUCGCAGAACUCCUCCCCUCUCAUUUUGGCUAAGCAAAGUCCUUCAGAGAAACUGCCUGUUUUGGAUCAUACAGACAUAUAAAAGCUGUUAGCAGCUCCUGUGGCUAGAAGCUCCAAAACUGGCAGAGCUUUGUUCUUUGGGGGUUUGUAAUAAGAGACAUUCCUCCACAAAGGUUCAUAUCACCACAUAGGAGAGUGCUAUAUAUACUGGGAGAACAAUAGACUGUAUUCUCUUUGGUAUUAUCCAGAGAUCUGUUUUCCACUGUCCUGACUUAAAGCAGAACAUCUCGGUGGCCUUUCCUCUUUGGCCCCAAAAUGACAGUAAUCUCUGCAAUCAGUUGUGCUUUCUUAUUUUCCAUUCUCUGUGAAACAAGUGCAAUAGCAUUACCGAACUCCACUGACCUACUCCUGUCAAACAAUAAUUUCACUGACAUUGAGACAGCUUUGGCAGCUCAUCUGGACUCUGCAAAAAUUCCCAAAGCCAGGCGGAAGCGAUACAUUUCACAGAAUGACAUGAUUGCCAUUCUUGAUUAUCAUAAUCAAGUUAGAGGCAAAGUCUUCCCACCUGCUUCCAACAUGGAAUACAUGGUUUGGGAUGAAACUCUUGCCAAGUCUGCAGAGGCUUGGGCUGCUACAUGCAUUUGGGACCAUGGACCUUCCUACUUACUGAGAUUCUUGGGCCAAAACCUCUCUGUAAGAACUGGCAGGUAUCGAUCCAUUCUCCAGCUGGUAAAGCCAUGGUACGAUGAAGUGAAGGAUUAUGCUUUCCCUUAUCCUCAGGACUGCAACCCCAGGUGCCCCUUGCGAUGCUACGGACCCAUGUGCACACAUUACACACAGAUGGUUUGGGCCACUUCCAAUCGUAUAGGCUGCGCAAUCCACACAUGCCACAAUAUGAACGUCUGGGGAUCUGUUUGGCGACAAGCUGUUUACUUGGUAUGCAACUAUGCCCCAAAGGGGAACUGGAUUGGAGAAGCACCGUAUAAAGUAGGAGUCCCAUGUUCUGCUUGCCCUCCAAGUUAUGGAGGCUCUUGUACCAACAAUCUUUGUUUCCCAGGAGUAACAUCGAACUACUUAUAUUGGUUUAAAUAAGUUAACAUGUUUACAUUUUUUUUUAAAUGGCUGAAUAACAAGAAGCUUGUAUAUUGAAUUUUGCACAUAUUAUAUAUAGAGAGAUAUUAUAAUAACACCCUGAUGUUUUCUUUUUGUAUGCUUUGUAUAAUUAGCUUUCAAAGUAUAGUAUGAAUUUGUUUUUAACACUUUGGAAUUUAUGACUCGCAUUAACCAUUUUGGAUUAACAUUGUGUAAAGAAGAGAAAACUGAUUUUCACCUUAGCAAGUGUAGCUUUCUGAAGAUUAGGUUCUAUUAAAAGCACAUUGAGACAUAUUGACAAUUUAUAUCGAAAAUAUGACUUCCCUUUUAAAAUGGUAGGUCUAGAAAGAGAAGGGUCACUGUUUCAACACUGUGCUUUAAAAUGGAGUGUAACAUGCAAAAGCGACAAACUGUCCUCACACUACCAAUGGUUACUCCCAUUUACACCGAUGCUUUCAUCUGCAGUGUCAGUGGGACUCUGAGAAGAGGAAAACAUAUGUGCAAGAGAACUGCAGGAUGUUACCUACCUCAUGCACAACAGUAAUUAAUUUAUGACACUUCAAGAGUUCAGCACACGGCUGCUGCUAUCAUCGAUAAUGCCUGUGUGCAGAUGGGAAGAAUAGAGAGAAUAAGGAACCACAUUGGCCAACACGCAGUGGCUAUUAACUCACAUGCCUGAAGUCGUAUCUGACUAGACAGCUACAUCACUUCAAAUAUACUGGUAUAAUCAACACAGUCACAUUUUUAGUUCCUGCUCCUACCCGCUUGUCCAUCAGAACACAAUCAUAUAGUACAAAAAGUACUUUGUAGCAGUAUAUUUACUUCUGUAUAGGAAGGCAAAGAAAUAUAUUGCUACAAAGCACCUUUAAGUCGAUACACGACAUCCACACUAAGUCUUUUACUUAUGUAUACCAGUAUACGUGCUGUCCCACUGGCUGAAACUCAGCCAGGUGAAACCUUCAAGGAUAGUUCAGACCUAAAAGUAGGUAAGAGCAUUUUCCAAAUAAAAGACUAGAAAUUUACCAGGCUUAAUUAAAACUGAAUGCAGGCUUGUGACAAAAAUUCCAAAUUUCUAAAGGAAUUGCCAGGGUCCUUUAAAAUAUAUUGUGCUAUUUCCCCCAAAUGUUUGUAUGAAUUUAUAAAAAGCAAAUCUAUUUAUUCACACUCUUCCUGCCAAAAACUGAAUGUCUUAUGGGUGCUUACUAGAACAUUUAUAAAGAGGGCCUACACUUUAAGCCAGAACAUUGUAAAGGUAGUUUUUUUGAAAAGCAGAUCGUAAAAAAGAGGAAAUCCAACAUCUGCCACAACUACUAUGUACAACUGUCAUUGAAAUAGCCUCGAGUUUUGGCUUUAUAUUAUUUGGCAGAAAGUACUCCACAUUAAAUAUACAUGUUUACUCUGCUUGCACUGCUAAGUUUAGACCUCUGAAAUUCGUGAACUUUGAAAAGCAAUGUCAGCUAGAACAAACACAACAGUAGAGCGUAGUUUCACGAGUACUACACAUGUAUGUUUCUUAAAGUCACUAAUUCAGUGCUUAAGAGGGUGUUUAAGACAGUCUGUCACCAGAAUAUGAAGUAUCAUAUUGAUGAUUUAAAAAAAAAGUAGGAAUUUUUCAUAUAUUUUUCUUCCUUUUUUUCCAACGAGAUAACCUUCAUGGAUGGAAAGGGCUCUACAACGUACGUAUAAAGAAAUGUCACAGCCCAUCUUCAUUUAUCCAUAAUCUGAUCACUGAUCACUGAGAACGUCAGCAGUUCAUCUGUAGCUCUUCCGGUUAGUGACACUCCCGUAUCUGACAGGACAAUAAAUAAAGAAGUACAUUGUCUUAAAAUGUGUCCAUGCUCCAGAAGAACAACACUUGUGAUAUUCUGCUAACUUUUAUCCUGACAAUUACAAUAUAGAAUUCUUUCCUUAUAGUUUGAAAGGGGCCAGUGCUCGGACAGUGCUCACUCAGUGAAGUUCUUUGGCUGAGUAAAAUCCGGUCCUGUUUUGGGAGUGAAACACAACCUCUUUGCAUCAUUUAUGUACACAUUUAAAGAGUUAUGUGAGACAAAACUGCCAAGUGGGUCACCAGCCCUCAGCCAGAGCAGUUUUGGACAAAGAUGCAUGGGACAGAUGCAUUUUUGUUCUGCAUAACAGGUCUUUUUUAGAGGCAAAGACAUCACGGUUAGAACAGUGCACCUUUACACUGCCUUGUAUUUACAGUAUUUUCUUUUUUUUUUUUUAAAUACAACAUAGGAACUAGAGCAUAAAUAAAAGUUCAAGUUAAGCUGUAGAACCUACAACAGUAGGUCCAAUAUAUAACUAUGCACUUUGGAACUUGCAACUUGUGUGUUGUAUGGUACACUUUCCAAACAGGACUAGACAUUGUAAAUUAAUUUAUAAUUCUGUAAUUCAGCUGAAAUUAUUAUAACGGGUAUAUAUGUUAUUGUAUCUGUUACUUUUUAAGUUUCUACAAAUACCUUGAUUUUGUGGAAUACUUUGUUUUCUGUGGGUAUAGGAAACUUAGCUUUUAACAAACAGGUAUGCAGAUUUUUCAUGACAUCCCAUAAUGGUGCUAGGGAUUAUCUAUUGUAAUCACACUGUAGUUGACAGCAGUAAAAAUAAUCUGGGUAUAAACUAUUUCAUAAGAGCAGCUCCUGAUAGAACCAGCCACAAGCACUCAAGCAUGCAGCUGAAUAUUUUUCAUUUAACAGAGAAGAUUACAGCUGAUCAAACGUUUGAUUACCACAUGAAAUUUGCCCUUCCACUUUUUUAAUAAGUAAUUUACUGUAGGCCUUUCUGUAUUCUCUGUUUGAAUCCCUUUAAUUUCUAUGAUCAUUUUUUCUUGGGUUGGAUAAUGACAACGCCAGCAAACGUCUACUUUGAUUGCCAGUGUCAGUGCUGCUUGAUCGGUUAUGUGACACAAAGCACUGCAACAACAAAAGUACGGAAAUGUGCUGAAGACUUCAUAUGUCUUUUGCAUCAUUUGUACCCUGAUACACACUGAGGCAAAUUCUUGGUGAGCUUAAGGUUAUAAGGAGGCAAUUUGCCCCUGGUUGCAUUGAAGAUUUGAACCAAUUCCUUCUAAGCAGAGGAGCAUGCCUUUAAAGAUAGCCUGAGCAUUGGAGAAAUUAGCUCAGACUUUCAUUCCGCUCUAAAUAUAAAACUAUAAAAGUUUACAUGUGCUAAAAUAAGGUUAAAAUAUUUGUGGUCAAAGUAUUAUGAGAGGUACAAGAGUAAAAAGGAAGUAAUUGAUAUCAUUAAUCAUUGAGUGCAGCUGUUUAUACCGUAAUAACUGCUUGUGAUUUUUUGGCUCAUUUAAACUUCUAAGAUGAUGGGUAGCAAUUGAUGCCUUUUGGUGCUAACCUAUAUGUUCUGGUGCUGAAGUUAUACAUUAUUUUUGUGAAAGACGAGGUUUACUUCUGAUAUUACCAUAUACACUCCAGUGUUUGUGAGAUUUUUUUCUAUUUAAGCAUAUAAUUUACCACUAAGUCAGAUUGGCUUGCAAAGUCCUUUUUUAUAGUUGUUUCAGGCUCUAAUGAGAGUUUUACAUGCAUCAGAAGGGAAAAUGUAUUCCUAUUCAAAACCAAAACAAACAGGAACCUCCCCUCAUCACAGCAGCCUGUGGAAAAAAAUUAAGGGCAAAGUAAGACCUCUGACAGUAAUGAUUUCAGACUGAUGUUAAGCAGAUUUUAGUGAUCCCAAAUUCUCUCUCUGGGGUAAUAAAUGACUUCAGAAAACCUGAGCUUGACCUUGCACACUUGGGAAGCUGUAUGUUCCCUUUCUCUGAGAUCAGUUUGUUCCUCUCUGAAAUUAAGAUGAGCUUGAUCAGGCCUCACUGAAAACUAUUACGGGUUUGAUGUAUCUUUUGUAGGAGUGAGAAAGCUGGAUUCCCCAGACAGCAAAAUUAGUCUCUGCAUGCUAUGUCCUACCAACACUGGGAAAUACUGUAGGAAUCUGAAAGAGGAAAGCUCCCACAGCAAAAGUAUUCUGUAUCACAGCUAGGACCUAAUGAGAGGAGGAAUGUGUGUGUGUGUACGUGUGUGUACAUGUGUGUACAUGUGUGUACGUAUAUAUGUGUGUGUGUGUAUUCUUCAAGGAUGAGGCUGCAAGCAUGGAUGCCCUCUUGUGGUUGAGAGUGCUAAUAUAUUUAGGUUUGAUUUCCUAUAAAUCCAAAAGGUUUUAGAAUUUUUUUAAAAACAAACACAUAGUUAACUUUCUGUUUAUUUUCUGUAAAGUUAUUGGCAUUGCUUUAAAGAUAUGUGAACUAGUCUUUCCCAUUUCGUUGAGAUAUGAGGCCUUUCACAUACCUCCUCCAUUUCUCAGUUUUAUGUACAGAACUCAAUAACAAUUGCAUUUGCUGUUGUUGUUACCUAACAUAUGCAGUUUCUGGAGUAUGAGGUAAAACAGCUAGUACGAUGUCAGAAGAAUUUUUAGGGGGUGUAAAUUAGAUACAGUUCUUAAAAAGCAGGGGAUAGGAAGCCUAAUUACUCAGAUACUAAAUUCUAAUGAUGCCUAAUAAAAUAUAUUUUUAUAAAGACCAAAUAAGGGUUGAAAUUUGCUUAUGACAGCUAAGUUUUCAAGACAAAACUGUUGCUUUCCUCUUUUAAAAUGAAAUGAUCUCAUAGAAUCUGAGCACAUGGCAUUUUUAUGGUGUUUUUUUAAAAUUGUGCAUAAUAAAAAAUUCUUAUGCUCUGGUCAUUAGCUCAUAAUUGGUCUGAUUAUCUUAAAGUAUAUAAACCUUCACAUUUGGGUUCAUAAGGGGAACAUUAAUUUUCUCUCAAUAGCAAUCUGAAAUAACCACAGCCUUCUCAAAUAGCUUUCUUUCAAAAGAAAAUAAAUUUAAAAAGCAAGAAGAAAUAACAACAACAAGUUCCCAUCUGGUUAAUUCAAGAUCAGAUUUUUAAUUUAUCAUUGCUGAUCAUAAUUUCAAGACUUUAUGCUGCUUAACUUUCAGUUACUGAAUCUGUCUUAGGAUACAGUUAUUUUCUGCUAAUGGAGAGCUUUUGCUCACAUCAUGAGCAUUUUUAAAUUCACACGAGUUAAUGGAACAGGCAUAUGGAACUGUUGAUAACAACCCACACUCUGCUGAGCUCCACUUUGUGAAGUAUUGCAGAGAAAAACAGACUGAAAUGGUUGCAAUUCAAUAUUAUCUUCUUGUCUUCUGCCAAAAAACAAAAUUCAAAGUGAAAAAGAUUUUAUAAUUCCUUCAGCUUUUGGCACCUUAUCAUCUGGCAAUCAGGUGGCAAAUUCUGUAAAAAUCCCUCUUACUGUCAAUCCAUAUAAAUUAUGUGUUGGGUGUUUUUUGGCUGGCAGUAGAAGAGAGGGAAUGUCCCUCAGGUUAUAUCUUUAGUUCAUAACUGUCAGUUGUUCAAAUCACUGGGCUGUACAUCAUGCUGCAAACUCACUAGAUCUUCAAUACAUCAUCAUAGAAGUCAGGAAGUAUCUUAGAAACAAUAUUUAGAGUAAUAAACUUGUUCCUUGAGAGUGAAUGGUAAUAUUGGAUUCUAAUAACUCUGAGGAGUUAAACAUCUUUGCUUCAAGUAGGGUGCUCUAAUGUAAUUGAAAAGGUGCUUAAAGGCAGGCUUCACUUAAGAAGCAAACCAUUUACAGCUGCUUUUCUAUUUUCAUAUGCAAUAAGGAAAUAGGAUUUUUCUGAGGAUUGAAAAAUGUUAAGGAUUGGAAAAUGAUGACAUUUCAACUCUUUCUAUCUGAACCCAAGCCAAAGCAAUGUUAAGUAUUUAUGCAAUGAAAUGUCCCUUUCCCCCUUUCAUUAUUUUCAUGAUUUCUUGCAUAUACUUUUUUGAUAAUUGUGUGGGCGGGGCUGUUUCUGGCUUUUCAGAGAAGAAAGUUUGUUGUGUAACACAUUUCUUUCAGUGAACUUACCAAUAUAAUAUUUCUUUCAUAUUGUCAUAUGAUGCUAUACACGUUAUACCUGAGAUAUAAAUUUGUAUCCCUGUUUCAACUUCUAAUAUUAUGAAACUAUAAAGAAAUGUACAUCAUUUUGAUCUAUUUUGUAACAUGUAUGCAUUUAAAUAAAUAAUUAAAAUGAUUGGUGUUUACACUUGA